AUAAAAUAACGUUACGGUAUUAAAAGGACUAAUAAAACUCAGAAUUUAAUUUGGGGAAAGAAAAAUAAACCCUACCAGAUUUGAAGUCUUCCUCCUUCUAAUUUAGAAAUGGUCCUUAAUGGACGGUGGUCGUCGUUUCACACUCUCCGUCCACCAUUUUUCUUGUUUCUCCUCCUCUAAAAAGCAAUGGCCUUUCAAGCUCCAUCAAUGGCUACUACUACUUAGCGUCUACGAAUAAUAACCCUUUACCAAUAGAUUUAUCUCUCUUCUUCUUCCACCACUCGUGUCCCUUUCUUUGUCUUCUUCCUCUCACCGCCUUCAAAGUUUUCAUCUUUAUCCAAAUUAAAAAUCGUUUCUUUUUAGUUUCUUCUAAGUUUCAACAUAUUUAAAGGCGUACCCUUUUUCUUACUUAUCCUCUGCAAAGUUAUGGCUUUGCUUGAGAGUAUAAUCUUAGGGCUAAUCACAGGAUGGUUAGCUUUUGUUGUUGGAUUGAUUAUUGGAUGGACAUGGAAACCAAGAUGGGUUUCUUCUUCUUCAUCUUCUAAUAAUCGACAAGUUAAAUUACAAUGUUCUGCUCCAAGAUCUUUUGAUUUGUCUUUACCAUCUUCUUCUCCUAGUUCUGUUGUUACUUCUCCUUUAAAGGGUUUUGGAUCAGCUCCUUGCUUAAAGGCUCUUGUUUGUGAUACAUGGACUAUGGCUUUAAGACAACAGAGAACAGUUUCUCCUGAUUCUUCUUCUUCAUCAUCUGAUUCUUCUGAACAACAUGUGGGUUUAGUUUCAAGAUUGAAGAAAACAGAGGAGAGAUUGCCAAAUACUGUUACUGAGUUAGAUUUGAGACACCUUGUGCAAUUGGUUGAGAGGAAAGAUGGUGGUCAAGCUUGGAUUCAGAUGAUGGAUCGUUUUACUUCUGGUAUGAGAUAUCAAGCUUGGUUGAGAGAACCUAAGAAUGGUCCUACUGAGUAUAGAAGCAGAACUGUGUUUGAAGAUGCAACUCCUGAGAUUUUAAGAGACUUUUUCUGGGAUGAUGAGUUUAGACCAACUUGGGAUACAAUGCUUUCUAGUUCCACAACUGUUGAAGAGUGUCCCAGUACUGGAACCAUGAUUGUUAGAUGGAUACGCAAGUUCCCGUUUUUCUGCAGUGAUAGAGAGUAUGUGAUCGGUCGCAGGAUAUGGAAUUGUGGAAACUCUUAUUAUUGUGUUACAAAGGGAGUAUCGGUUCCGUCUAUACCGCCUAACAACAAACAAAAACGUGUGGAUUUGUUCUAUUCGAGCUGGUGCAUUCGGCCAGUGGAAUCAAGAAGAGACGAUGGAGUAACAAGUGCCUGUGAAGUACUUCUAUUCCACCACGAAGACAUGGGGAUACCGAGAGAAAUCGCAAAGCUUGGAGUGAAACGAGGAAUGUGGGGAGCAGUGAAGAAGAUGGAACCCGGUUUACGUGCUUACCAAACACAAAGACUCUCAGGAGGAACCAAGCUUUCUCGAUCUGCUUUCAUGGCCCAAAUCAACACCAGGAUCACACAAGACCAUCUCAUUUCGCUCAGCAACGGUGCAUCGCCUGUCACUGAAACUCCCGUUACAUUGAACCAAGGAAACCGCGCUGCGAAUCUGAAGAAACUGUUGAUUAUUGGUGGAGCUGUUGCGGUUGUAUGCAGUUUGAGCGGAGGGGCUUUUGUUCCUCCUGCGUUUCUUUUAGGGUUUGGGAAGAGGUUUGUUAAUGGUGGAAGAAAACGUCAGCUCGAAGGAACAACAAGUCAGAGUCAGACCACUUCUCCAUAGAAGAAUCUUGAAACCAAGAAUAUAGAUAAGCAUAUAAAUUUAGAUUCGUUUUUAGUAGAAUGAGAAUAAUCCAAAACGCAGAUGAUUCCAAUAUUAGUUUAUAGAAUUGGAAUAAGCUGUCUGAUUAAUCUUUAUACAAAAGGAACAAUUUUUUUUACAAGUAAUGAAUAAAACUGAAAAAUAA